AUGAAAAACCAAACUUUGACUGAAUUCAUCUUGCUGGGACUAACAGACAUCCCGGAGCUUCAAAUUAUUAUUUUCAUAUUUCUCUUCCUUGCCUAUGUGCUCAGCAUCUUAGGUAAUCUGACAAUCAUCACCCUCACGCUGCUGGACUCCCACCUCCACACCCCCAUGUAUUUCUUCCUCCGCAACUUCUCCUUCUUAGAAAUUUCCUUUACCACCACCUUCACUCCGAGGCUGCUGCUCAGCAUCUCUACAGGGAAUAAAACGAUCAGCUUCGCUGGAUGCUUCACUCAGUAUUUCUUUGCCAUAUUUUUCGGGGCCACAGAGUUUUACCUCCUGGCUGCCAUGUCCUAUGACCGCUACGUGGCCAUCUGCAAACCCCUGCGUUACACCACCAUCAUGAGCAACAGGGUCUGUGUCCAGCUGGUUCUCUGCUCCUGGCUGGGUGGAUUCCUAAUUAUCUUACUCCCCAUCAUCCUGACCAGUCAGCUGGAUUUCUGUGCCUCCAAUGUCCUGAAUCAUUAUUAUUGUGACUAUGGACCCCUUAUAGAAAUAUCCUGCUCGGACACAAGUGUGCUGGAACUGGUUGACUUCAUCUUAGCAGUUGUGACCUUGGUGGUCACCCUGGUGCUGGUGAUUCUCUCCUACACAAACAUCAUCAGGACCAUUCUGAACAUCCCCUCUGCUCAGCAGAGGAACAAGGCCUUUUCCACCUGUUCUUCCCACAUGAUUGUAAUCUCUCUCUCUUAUGGAAGCUGCAUCUUCAUGUACAUAAAACCUUCAGCCAAAGAAGGGGUUGCCUUCAACAAGGGAGUCGCUGUGCUCAAUACCUCAGUUGCCCCUUUACUGAACCCGUUCAUUUACACUCUAAGGAAUAAACAAGUAAAACAAGCCCUCAAGGAUAUGGCCAGAAAAAUACUGUCUCUUUAUUCAGUUUAG